AUGAAUCAGGAUGAAAUCCAGGGACUAUGGGAUAUUGAAUCAAACAAUAUCCCAUAUGGUUUCAAUCCUUCUCAGGUUUGUGCGGCUCUUGUGCGUUUUCUCCGGUCAAUGGGAUUCUAUGGCAAUUUUUCUAUCGAAGGUGUGGUGGCAAAUCUAGAGCCUUACCAUCUUACACCCUUCCGUCAGGCAGCACUCCAACGUUCUGGAAUACCGGUUGAAGUAUUACAUACACGUAAGUAA